AUACUUGUCAGACCGGUGGAGUGGAGCAGUGGGUGUGCGCUGAGGGCGCAUUAAAAGCUAGUGAACUUGUAUGAUCCAGGCAGUCUGUGCGAAUCAUAUUAGUCUCCACUACACUUAGAGCAGCGGAAAUCUAUAUUUUUUCAGAUUUAUUAUCAAGGACAUCAUAAGCUGCUACUAAAGGAAAUCAGGAUGGCGAAAAAUGGGACUGCAACAAAACAAAGCUUGGAGGGAGAUCCAGAUCUACAGUUCCUGCUUUCUGGGGGGAAUCUUGUGAAGAUUCGUUCUAGCUCAUGGCAAAAGAACCGCUUUUACAAACUCAAUGAAGACUGCAGAACAUUGUGGCAUGCCUCCCAUAAAAAAAUCAGAAAAAACAAAACAUUCUCACUUGAUGACAUUGAUUCGCUGAGAAGGGGCCGGCAGUCUGAAGGCUUAAACAAGCACACAGACCCCAGUGUAGAGGACAGAUGCUUCUCCAUCAUCUUCAAGGGCAAAAAGAAAAACCUGGACCUGAUGGCAGAGGAUCCAGAGCAGGCCAAAAAGUGGGUGAAUGGUCUGGAGAAAGUCAUUAGCAACAUGUACAACCUCAGUCGGCAAGAGAAGAAUGAACACUGGCUUAUUAAUUGCAUGCGAAAAGCUGACAAGAACAAAGACAACAAAAUGACGCUUAAAGAGGUGAAGCACUUUCUGAGACAGAUUAAUGUGGAAGUGGAUGACACUUACGCAGCAGAUCUAUUUAAGAGAUGUGACACAUCCAAUUCUGGUACUCUGGAAGACACAGAGAUCAAGCACUUUUAUGACUUACUGACACAUCGGGAGGAAAUUGAUGUGAUUUAUAAGAAAUAUGCCAGGACAGAUGAUCAAAUUAGUGCCAGAGACCUGCUGCACUUCCUCCUGAAUGAACAAAGGGAGCAGGCAACUAUUCAUGAUGCUGUGAAACUCAUAGAUAAAUAUGAGAUGGAUGACACAGCGAAGGAGAGGAACCACAUGACUAAAGAUGGCUUUUUGAUGUACAUGCAGCACGAGGAGGGCUCUAUUCUUAACCACAAACAUAAAGGAAUUUACCAGGACAUGAACCAGCCCCUCAACCAUUACUACAUCUCCUCAUCUCAUAACACGUACCUGAUGGAGGAUCAACUCAAAGGGCCCAGCAGCAUUGAGGCCUAUAUCAAAGCCCUAAUGAAGAGUUGCCGCUGUGUGGAGCUGGACUGUUGGGAUGGGGCAAAUGGAGAGCCAGUCAUUUACCACGGCUACACACUCACGUCCAAAGUGCUCUUCAGAGAUGUGAUAAAAGCCAUCAAAGAGUACGCCUUCAAAACCUCAGAAUACCCCGUCAUCCUCUCUUUGGAGAACCAUUGCACCGUGGAGCAGCAGAAGCUCAUGGCCUACCACAUGAUCUCUAUCCUGGGGGACGCACUGAUCACAAAGCCUCUGGGAGACAGAAUGCCCACUAACUUCCCUUCACCCAAGGAGCUGAAGGGCAGGUUCCUGAUCAAAGGCAAGCGCCUGAACAAACUGGACACAGCCUUCAUCAGUAACUGCACCGUGGACGAGGACACUGUGUCUGAGGAAGACGAGGCUGCAGAAGUCAAAGACAAUGGACAGAAGGCCAAGUCAAAGAAAUCCAAAAUGAAACUGGCCAAGGAGCUGUCUGACAUUGUCAUUUACUGCAAGAGUGUUCAUUUUAAUAGCUUUGAACAUGCCAAGUACAAUCAGGCUUUUUAUGAGAUGUCCUCAUUCAAAGAGAGCAAAGCUUUUAGUUUGGCCCAGAACUCAGGAACAGCUUUUAUGCAUCACAAUAUGGAUAAAUUAAGCAGGAUUUACCCUGCUGGGUCAAGAACUGAUUCUUCCAACUACAACCCUGUGCCCAUGUGGAACGUGGGCUGCCAGAUUGUUGCAUUAAAUUUCCAGACCCCCUCUAAGGAGAUGCAUAUAAACCAAGGACGGUUUCUGCCAAAUGGUUUCUGUGGCUAUGUGUUGAAACCUGAAUUUCAGAGAGAUUUGUCUUCACAAUUUGACCCCAACACACUCACAAACGGGCCUUGGCUGAAGAGGAAAACAUUUCAUAUCAUGGUGAUUUCAGGCCAGCAGCUGCCAAAAAUCAACAAGGAUAAACAGAGCUCUAUUGUUGAUCCUCUGGUGAGAGUGGAAAUCUAUGGUGUCCCGGCCGACAAUGCUAGCAGAGAGACGCAUUACAUUGAAAAUAAUGGAUUCAACCCAGUGUGGAAUGAAAAAUUUGUGUUCGACAUUAACGUCCCAGAGCUGGCCAUGGUACGGUUUGUCGUAGAAGAUCAUGAUGCAGCUUCCCAAAAUGAUCUGGUGGCGCAAUACUGUCUCCCCCUCUCCAGUGUGCAAAAUGGAUACCGUCAUGUCCCAUUGCUCACAAAGAGGGGUGAUGUCAUCGGCUCAGCUGGACUCUUUGUUCAUAUUAUGCUUAUUGAUGCUUAGAAAGCUUAGGUACUAUGAACUCUUACCAGCAACAGCCUAUUAGCCUAUUAGAAAUCUGAUCCCAGUACACAUGAAGUAGCUAUGUGCUACAUAAUGCUUUAACAGUUCACCAGAACAAUACGUUACAAUGCAUUACAUUUGUAUUAACUUCUCAGAAUUAGAAACAGAGGAUGAACUUGGUAAAUGAAUACUUUUAAUGUUUCUCUUUAUGGUGUAGUUUAACAAGCUACCAAUUCUUUCUACCAGUGGAAAUUGACUGAUUGUGUGUUUAAAAAUAAUAUUUGUAAAUAGAAUUUUAUACUGUGUUAUAAUUGUCUGGCGAAUGAGUUGUGUGAUUUUUAAAUUUUUCUGAUGUUUAUUAACAAUAUGAAGAUCUCUAUACAUAAAAUAUCAAGUAUUUUAGAGGCAUUAAGCUGUUAACACAACUACAGUACAUUAUUAAGCUACUUGCACUAGCUUGCAAUAAAAUCAAAGUUUAUCAAAGAUCAAA